AUGGCAGCCGAAAGUAUUGUCAAGCAGUUCUGUGAGGAAGCUACUUGUUCCGUGUGCCUGGAACACUUCAAAAAGCCAGUGACACUUCAGUGUGGGCACAAUUUCUGCCAAGCCUGCAUCACCCACUGCUGGGAGAAGAUGGGCACACGAGCCUCCUGCCCUCAGUGCAGAGAAAUUUCCCAGCAAAAAAUUUUCAGGCUAAACUGGCAGCUGGCAAAUCUUGUGGAACUUGUCAAGAAAUUUCAGGAAGAAAAACGAGGCGAUGGGAAGUGGGGAGUGUGCAAGAGGCACCAGGAGCCCCUGAAGCUCUUUUGCUGUGAUGAUCAAACCCCCAUCUGUGUGGUAUGUGACAGAUCCAUGGAGCACCGAAAUCACAGAAUCCUUCCUAUGGAGGAGGCUUUCCUAGAGUAUAAGAAGGAGAUCCAGGCUCAGCUUCAGUCUCUGAAGCAAGAGGAAAAAAAGCUUCAGGAACAAAGAGUGGCAGAGAACUGGAGAAGCCAGAAAUUUCUGGUGAGUGUCAAGGCAGAGAAACAGAAGACCAAGUCAGCCUUUCAAAGGAUGCAAAAUUUUCUUGAACAACAAGAGCAGCUGAGACUGUCUCAGCUGAAAGAGCUGAAGGAAGAGAUGGAGAAGAGGGACAAAGAAAACCUCACCAGAUUCUCUGAGGAAAUCUCAGAUCUAAAUCGCCUGAUCACAGAGAUGGAGGGGAAGUUGCAGCAGCCUGAAAACAAAUUUUUGCGGGAUCCCAAAACUAUAUUGAGCAGAUAUGAGAAGAAGCCAAAAAGGCAGCGGUUGGAACUUCCUCCAGGACCGGAACAGGCUCUCAGGUUUUACUCACAGCAGACUCCUGGAAUACAGAAGGCUCUGGAAGAAUGUGAAGGGUUUCUGAAGGAAGCACUGGUGCAGGUGCUGAGAAAAGUUAAUGUGACUCUGGAUCCAGACACAGCACAUCCCUACCUCGUUCUGUCUAAGGAUCUGAAGAGUGUGACAUGGGGAAGGACAGGGCAAUACCUGCCCAACAAUCCUGAGAGAUUUGAUGCCGUACCAAGUGUGCUGGGCCGUGAGAAAUUCACCUCAGGAAGACACUCCUGGGAAGUGGAAGUGGGGAAUGGACAGGCACUGUGGGGUGUGGGUGUUGCUAGAGAGUCUGUCAAGAGAAAGGGAAAUAUCUCCCAUACUCCUGAUGAAGGAUUCUGGGUUGUGCAGACAGCAAGUUGGUAUGAUCGUUAUUAUGGUGGUACGUACUGGCAGAUGACUGCUUCGACUUCCUCCCAGUCAACUGUUUUAUCUGAUGUCAUUCCCCAAAAGAUACAGGUUUCCCUGGACUACGAAGAGGGUCGUGUGGAGUUUUUUGUUGCUAACCAAAGGCUCUUCGCAUUCCCUUCAUACUCAUUCUGUGGGGAGGCCCUCCAUCCUUAUUUCUUCAUUUUUAACCAAAACACAUUGAAGUGCUGA